UAUACGAGCGAUUAAAAAUAAAACCCUCAAGAAAUAGAGCAAAAAAGAUAGGGUUUCAUUAUUGACACUGACAACAAAGGAGAAAUUGCCGAUAAUAUGAUAUGAUAUUUGAGCUGUUAAAUCGUGGAAUUCGUAACAUUUGCAGAUCAGUUUUUACAUUUUUUUACAGAUCGGUGUCUAGAGCCAUGGGCUGUUUCUUCGGUUGCUUUCGCAUCAAAGACGAUCGUUCUCGUAUCUCUCAUUCUACCAUCCCUAGAUACACUGAGCCUGGGGUUUCCAAGAAUCGCUUGUCCGCUCUUUUUAUUUCUGAAGAGAAAGAAGAGUCAUGGAGUCGGGGAAAUCUGCGUGUUGGAUCUCCGCAGAUAGAAAAGGGGCUCAAGGAUGAGGCCAAGUUUCUUAAAGCUUGUGGUACUUUACCUGAGACUCCAGCCGAAAUCAGGAAAGCAUCUGAGAAAUUUAAAGUUUCACCUUCUCAGGAUAAAGAUUCAGAACCCUCAAAGUUCCAUUCAUGGCUUCCUAAUACAUCCAUAAAGAAACUUCAGCUGGACAGACAAUGUGAUCAGCGCCCUACUCCCACCAAACUUUUUGAAGAGUGGGGAACGGAAUCAGCUUCUUCACCAAGCAGCUGUAUAUCAAAUGUACAAAACUCCGGAAGGAUCUCAAUCAUCUCUGUUGAAGGAAGUGAAGCAGGGAGUGCUAAUGUAGCAGGGAAGGCACAUGCUGCGCAGACUGAAAACGUUACAACAUCGCUUUCACCUUGGGUUUCAGGCACUAAUGUCCAGGGCAAGAACAAAUCUGUUCGUUUUGAAUGUGAUUUUGACGUAUAUACAUCUAAAGGGUCUUCAUCUGGAAAUUGUAGCCAAAAUUCCAAACAUGAAUCCCCAGGCACUGAGAGUGUGUCAAAGCCUUCACCAAAUCCAACCCCACUAAAGCUAUCUGAUGAUAUGCAAACACCUGGGACUGUGUUUCCUACAAAUCUUAAAAGUUUAGCUAAUGGGAAUACUCGGAUCAGGUCUCAGUAUGUAUAUUCAGUUUCAAACCCAGUGGAGAAUGAUUCUCAGUGGAAGGCAUUGAAGACAGGUGAUUUUGACUCUCAUCAACUAUCAGGUGAGUUGAGAGAAUCUCUUGAACAGUCAGAAGAUGCAACCCCAAUGUCGAAGAAGGGGAUACAAGAAACUUCUAUCGGUAAAGACUUGAAGGUGGAAGCAAGCUUGUCUGCUUGGUUGAAGCCACCGGCAUCCACUCUCGAUGAGGAAAAUAAAAAUCUUGGAGUUGCUUCUGGUCGAAACCGUUAUUUUGGUAGAACUCCAUCGGACAGGCCUAUCAUUGGGAUGGUCGCUGCUCAUUGGAAUGAGGAUGAAACUCCUCAAGUUCCGCCCAGGUGGUGGGAUGGAAAUGGCAUUCCAAAUUCAACUAAUAAAUACAAGGAGGAUCAGAAAGUUAGUUGGCAUGCAACACCAUUUGAGGAGAGGUUAGAAAAGGCAUUGUCUGAAGAGAGUUUCAUCUCUCAAAGAAAGAAUAUAAACCAGACUCCCAUGGUUUUGGAUGAGAAUGAAGAAAGUGAUACUGCUCUUUCUCAGUUGCGGCCUUCCCCACAUUCUAAGUCGGUUGUUUCAUGCUGAUCUUUUUCCAGUGUCCUGCUCUUGAGUUUGAGAUUGAUCUGUCAAUAUAAUACAAGUCUACAUUUUGAAACAUGAUGAUUGGUGUGCAGCGAUUCAUUGAACAAAGCUUUUUCUGGAUACACUGCUUGUAAGCAUCCUGAUGCGAUGUAAAUCAGUAAUACAACUCUUUGCAUCACUGAUCUGAUGCGCGGGUUUUUCUGAAUCAAUUUCAGUUUCAUUGUAGUUUUUUACAUAUUAACUAAUGUUUCAGUUACAACUGGAAUGUUUUUGGAGGCUGAAAUCGAUUAUGAACAGUGAUAAAGCUCAUAAUUAAUUGAGCUUGCAUUUUCUAUCAUUUUAAUUUAUUUUCCAAAACUAUUAA